UUCUAAAAAAAAAAGGUUUAAUAACAAUCAAACAUGUCGGAUUAACAUGUAUUAAAUUUCUGCCUGAGCUCUGUAGGGUCAACGUCCAAGCAAGCAGGUUCCUCCCACCAGCUGAUACCACUUAGCCGGCUGAUUAGGGGGACAAACAGGUGGGAUGCAAAACUACAAGUGAUCCUCUCCCUUCAGCAGAGGUUUUCACUCAUUUCUCCUAUAUGCCUGUGUUUUAGAAAGCAAAUAAACAAAAGGGGGAAAAAAGCAUAAUAAAAGAAAGCAUUUUUUGUUGCUGUAUGUUUAGCCCACAGAAGGAGGUCCCACUGAGCUUUUAGUGGUUAUUAGUCAAGCUUCACACCAGGAGGGGCUGAGCUUCCAGCCAGAGCCCUCAACCGGUCACUCUCUGUUCACAAACAUCGGAGUAAGUCUCUGUAAUUGAAGAGAAAAGAAAGGUAGGAACUUACUAAAUAAAUGCAUAAUCUCUGUGGAGUUUAGGUUAUUACUUUAUCGAAUUUAUUUCAGAUAAUUCUGAUUGAGCAGCUGAGGUUUCUGAAUUGUGCAGUGGUAAUUGCAUAAAAAAUGGUGUCAAAGACCAGAAAUCCUAACUAGACUGCAUUUUCAUUAAACAAGUCGUGAAAUCAGUGCUAAAGUAUAGUUAAGUGUAGAAUUUAUUAUAAAACGAUCUACCUUGUUCUAAAUUAUGACAUAAAUAUCAGCACUUUUUCACAAGUGUCAUUUCUCCUGCAGAUUUUAAGUAAAUUUACUUCCUAAUGUCUCUGCCAUUCCUCGCAAUUAAAUUUAAACCUGUUUAGACCUCUUCAGCAGACAUUCUCAUCAACCUCAAAGUCAAGAGGCAUGUCCUCUUGGCUGAGGAAUUGAUUGUUAAAGGCUUGUGUUGCUAAUAAUAGUAGCUUGGUAAGAGUGCAAAGUAAUUUGUAAACUCCACUGGUUCCCCAACCUACUGUUGUAACAUGGCUGAGGUGUGAUGCUCUCCUCAGAUCAAAGUUCUGCUUUAAAGGAACAAAAAUUGUAUUACCAGAACCUUUUCGUUUUAAUCUGGCACCCCCUUUAAUUUCUGUUGGGGUGGAUUUUUCAAGUUUUUAUUCAUAUUCAUCAUUGGAUGUGAUUCUAAACUUUGACUGAACCAUUAAUAAACAAAAAGAAUGCACUUUGGUUUAACAGAUUCUAUAGUAUCCAUUAGAUUUUCCACUAAAUCUGUGUACUAAAAAUCCAUAGAAUGAAAUGAUUGCACUUUAUUGAUUUCACAUGGGAGAAAUUUACCUCCGUGCUUAACCCAUGCCCUUGGGGAGCAGUGGGCUGCCAUUGUGUGGUGCCCGGUGAGCCGUAUGGGGUUAAGGGUCUUGCCCAGAGACCCAGGGUGCAGGCUGUGGGGAUCGAACCGGGUACUUGCAAACUUCUCAGAGCAAAAAUGCACUGCUCGAACCACUAGGCAAACACUACCCAAAAAGCAUGAAAAAGCUUCCGGUCUGAGAUUUAAAAUGCACCAAUUUGGCCUUUAUCAACUCCAGUUGUAAUCUUUUACUUUACCAUAGAACAUAACAGAGAAAAAUUGUCUUUUAUUUUAGGUUUAGUAGGUUUUAGUUGUGAAUAUUAUAAGGUUAUGUCAGUAAUUUACCCUUCAAAGUGCAUCAAAAUGAAACUUCUGGUUGAUGUGGUGAUAUAUUUUUAAUUUCAUUUUAAGUGACCCCAAAUUGAUGCCAAUCAAUAUUUUAUUUCCUGCUAAACACUUAUGCAAAACUGUUUAACUGCAACCUUUGUGUCGGCUAGUAAUUCAAGGAAGGUAUGAGAAUCACAUUCUCUGCAGCCAAUGUGUGACAACCAUCUCACCAGACAUGCUUUUGUAAAAACAAUUGACCGUCCAAUAAAAGGUCUAUUCUUCUUUGACGCGAAGAAAUGUGCCAUGACUUGUCAAUUAGGAGUCAUGGACAUGAGUAGACGGUCUUGCUUCCUCAGAGGAAGGUAAUUUCAUGUGACAUUUUGCAUAGUGCAUCUACAGAUUAGAUAUGGACUUAGAAUGUUUGGUCCUAUUGAUGAACUCUGCUGGAGGCAUCUCUCAUGUAACGUGUCAAAGGACACAUGUCAAUAACUUGCAGAAAUCUCUAGUUUUGCUUGACCAUAUCCCCUUACCUAACUCUGCUUGACCAUAUGAGGGGAGACGUUGUGCAAUCUAUAUGAGUCUCUCUUAAAAUAAUAAACUGUUGACAUUUUAAUCGCUGUCCUCUUGAUGACUUUUAGUUUUGUUUUUGUUUUUUCAGGCUGAAACAAAAGGCUAGACCAAGAACCUGUACCAGUUAUGGACAGUUUCCUGGAUAAUCUCUCAAAAUCUGAAUUUGUAAGCAUUUGUGUUCAAGAACCAAGACUUCACAAAGAUGACCUUUGGCACACUUAUGUCGACUACGAGAUCUGUUUACAUACCAACAGCAUGUGUUUUCGAAAAAAGGCUUCUUGUGUAAGGAGGCGUUACAGUGACUUUGUUUGGCUGCGCAAUUGUCUGCAGAGAAAUGCUCUGAUAAUAGAAUUGCCCAAACUGCCACCUUGGAACCCCUUUUUUAGUUUGAAGAACAAAGAGCAGGUAUCCAAGAGAAUGAACGGCCUACAGGAGUUUUUAGAAAAAGUACUUCAGAAUCCCCUACUGUUAUCAGACAGUCGGCUCCAUCUCUUCCUGCAGUCGGAUCUCAGCAUCACAAAGAUUGAAAGGUGUGCGCUUGGUAAGACCAGGUACACGGUAGCUGAGGCUAUUCAACAGUCCAGAGGUGGAUUUUAUAGCGGUUCAGAUGACAAGAAUUCUUGUGACUCGGAUUGUGAAAGCUCUGCAUCUUCGGGUCUGGGAUUAAGCAUAGACUCCAAGGCUCAAGAAAGUCCUGUCCUCUUCCAUCAUUCAUCUGAAAGAGAUCCAUAAUGGUGUGGUCUCUUAGAAUUUGUAUUGAAACCAUAACGUCUUCCUUCUGAGUAUAAAUCAUUGCUUGCUGUUUGUGAUGCACCUUCCAGGUCUUGGUAUCCACCAAAAGGUGCAUAGAUUUUAUUUCUAAUAUCCUGCUUAGGCCAUCAUUUUUUAUAAUUUGCCUCAUUGUACUAUGAUGUAAAGACCUCACUUAUUGAAGUGCUAUAUUUGUUGGGGGGGGAGAUUGAUAUUUUAAAAAAAUGUAUAAUGAAAAUAAUGGAGAAAUCUUAAAUAUUUCUGAUACAUUUUAUUUGUGCUCAAUGUUGCCCUGUUUUGGCAAGCACAUUUUGAAUUUUUUUUUUUAAUAUUCACUUGUGUUUUUAUG